AUGUCUUCGAUAGCUGAAGCCUCGAUAUCGUCGAGAUCUCUGGUGUUAUCGGUACCUGAGGAUGAUAGACUGAGUUUGAGUUCUGAUAUACAUAAUUUUGAAUACGUUGGUUUCCACGAUUCUGCGGAAUAUGCUAGUAACAACUACUUCUUCCAAAGGGAAUUUCCUACUCUGCUGAGUAGCUCCAAGAGCUGUAUUUUCUGCAGGAAGCUCGUCAGUAUUAUCAAGGAUUGGUUUGCAGCGAAUCCAGGAGAUCGGACAAACGAACUCGAUAUCUCCAGAACUCAUGUAGUGGUGUCCCUGGAGACUGACUGGCAUACCGUGACUCGAAACAAAGAUGGGCUUGUCGAUGAAAAAGCACAUUCUGAUCGGAUCAGAAUCAACUGCUCGAUUCCACGGCUUGAUGACAAUGAUCCUGGACAAUCCCAGCACCUGACUUUUUUUCUGCAAAGGUAUGAAGAAUCAUCUGAUGAUGUAUGCUAUCAUUGCCCUUCGGAAGAUGCCAUUUCUCCGAAACUACAACCAUACGCUGGACGUCAAAGACCCAUAGUAGCAGAUUUGACGCUCUUCAAACGAUGGAAAGAGAUGUGUCAGGAGAUACACGGGGCAAAGUGUUCUCAAAUCUUCAAAGGGACACCGAAUAUCCGACCGCGGGUAAUCGACGUUGAGCGCAGGUGCUUGACAUUCGCCGAGGAGAAUGACCAAUGGGUCUGUUUAAGCUAUGUCUGGGGAAAGGCGAAGACGCUGCGUCUCCUAAAGGAGAACAUCCAGACGUUCUCACAGCCAGGGGCUCUUUCACCAGAGGUUCUUCCUAAUAUUACCGAGGACGCUCUGCAGGUUACCAAGGGACUUGGGGAGCGGUAUCUCUGGGUCGACAGCCUUUGCAUAGUACAAGAUGAUGACCAGGAUAAAGCCCAGUUCAUCUCACGAAUGGACUCGAUUUACACUUUAGCGACGGUCGUUAUUAUCUCCUCGACCUGCACUGAUGCCAACACGCCCCUCGCCGGAGUUAAACCUGGCUCACGACGUCAGGAGCAAGAACCCUUCAAGAUUCGGGACGUCAUAUUAGUACAAUCUCUCGAUCCCUCCCUCGGCGUCAAAGUAGAUCUUCGCACAGGACGUGCCGCAGGAUAUCUGGGUGAAACUAUCUGGGACACGCGAGCCUGGACUUUACAAGAGAGGUUUCUGGCUUCUCGGUCCCUUGUUUUCACAGCCGAGCAAGUCUUCUGGGAAUGUGAAGAGGCCUUCUGGUGCGAGGACAGCUUCCGUGAGAUCCCAAACAUAUCUCCCGACCCGCAUCGGACUAGUCUGUGCGCAGGCGAGCUGAACCUCUCGUGGAACUCGGAUAUUGUUACCUUUGACCAUUUCUACCGGGUCCUCCUCGAGGAUUACUCCGGUCGGGCAUUAUCAUUCGAUAGCGAUGGAUUGAAUGCUUUCCUUGGUAUUAUUGGGGCUUUGGAGAGGUCCACAGCCGAGAGAUUCUUCUGGGGUAUGCCGACAGCGUUUCUUGAAUCUGCCCUUGCAUGGGGUCAUCGGAGCCAUGCAUUAAGAAGGAGACACGGUGUGCAGACCUUGUCUCAAGACCAGAGCCAAUUUCCCAGCUGGUCAUGGGUUGGUUGGACAAGUGAUGGACAGACUAAACUGGCUAAUCAGAAUUUGACUAUGGAGGCUCUGGGUCUUAGAUUUUAUCGUGUUUCUGAUGACGGGUCUACAAUGACGGAAAUGAGACAGAAUGCAAACUUCAACAGCGAAGUUGAUCUGCUCGUUGAGGGAUCCAAACUCCCAAAUCGCUCCUCUAGACCACAUGAAGUCUCUAUGCAAGACCUCCCGACUAAUCCGUCAAUCAGCCCUUCCUCACUCCUCUGUUUCUGGACCGCUUCCGCCCAUCUCACCGUGACAAGCCGGCACUCAGUCGAUGAUGCAUCCGAUUCAUCUACCUGGGAAGCCACCCUAUCUCAAGGAUCCGAUAGAUUCAUUCAGGUAUCCUGGUCCCAUACCGCACCAUCGCUAAAGACAGGGGAUAGUGUUGAGCUUGUGGCCGUCGCCCAAAAUAGAGGUAACUGGGAUGCUGGUCACAUUGACAACGGGGCUAUCGGGGUCAUGCUUAUCUCUUGGGAUUCGAAGGGUGAUAUCGCGUCUCGGGAGGGGUUUGCGUGGAUUGCGAUUCGGGACUGGACUUCGUUACGGGAGAGGGAGUGGAAGUUGGUUGUGUUGGGGUAG